AUGAUCCCGCGCUUCUUCUUUGGAAGAAGAUACGGGGUCGUGAUACCGACAAGAGAAGAAUGGAAGGCCCGCAGGGACAGUCUACCAGGAACUGGGAACGCCUGGUACACAGAUGGCUCUAGGGCAGAGACUGGCACUGGUUCGGGGUACUACUGCCAAAGGGAUGGAAGGGGAACUUUCUUUUCCCUGGGGCGGUAUGCUACGGUCUUCCAGACCGAGAUAUACGCUAUACUGUCCUGCGCUCAGAGGAACAUUGAACUCGGCGCAAGGGAUAGAAUUAUCACCAUUUGCUCAGACAGUCUGGCGGCACUUAGAGCACUUAUGGCUCAUAGAAUGACCUCCAGACUGGUCUGGGAAUGCAAAGUGGUUGUAAAUCAGCUGACCGCUCACAACAACAAGGUCAGACUUCUCUGGGUCCCAGGGCAUACCGGGAUCAGGGGUAACGAAAUAGCAGAUAGACUUGCAGCUUUGGAAGAUAAACACCCUCCAAUCGGGCCGGAGCCCUACACAGGUGCCUGCUAA